GUUAUGAUAUAUUUAAUUGAAGGCGUUUUGCCGGAAAGCUAUUUCGCCAACAAUCUGAGGGGUCUGUCGGUCGAUAUGGCAGUGUUUCGGGACUUACUUCGGAUGCGGAUCUCAACUCUUGCCAAACACUUUGACAAACUGCAGUUCGCGGGUCAGGACCAGACCUCUGGACCCAGUUAUGAGCCGCCACUCAUCAACGUAUUCACAAUGCAAUGGUUUCUCACGCUAUUCACCAAUUGUUUGCCGAAGACAUCAGUACUGAGAAUAUGGGACUUAAUAUUCCUCGAAGGAAAUGAAGUGCUAUUGAGGGCUGCGCUCGCGAUCUGGGAUUGUUUGGCUGACCGAAUAUUGACUGUUGAGAGCGCCGAUGAAUUCUAUAGCAUAAUGGGUGUCCUCACCAGAGAGAUGAUGGAGUUUGGGGUCACAGAUACUAAUGAAUUGGUUAAGGUAUGUGUCAUA